AUGCGCUUCCCUCCUCUGGGAUUGCUGUGAUCCUGGGCUGCGCGCCAGCCCGCUGAGGCACCGCCACCAGCGCGUCAAAGCCCGGGCCCGGCAACAGUGAGGCACAGCACGGCGGGCAGGCAGGCGGGCACGCGCCUUCCCUAUACGCAGAAUGCUCCAUGGCGAUCGAAUCAUGCCCCGUCUCCGCCCGCACUCGGCGCAGCUGUGCCACUCUUCACUCCUCCUCUGAACUGGCAGGGCGGCGCACUCCUGUUUCUGCGCCCUGCGCGCGGACACCCACGCACGAGCAUGCAAACUCUGCACCACAAAAAAAAUCCCGACAACCGGAAAGAAAGCGCUCUGGACAGCCGUGCCAGUCCGAGCUGAAACACGGCAUUCUGCCGUCGCUCUACAACGCGGCCGCCAGACUACUGCGGACUGCCGUGCCCGUAGUCGAAAGUAACAGACAAAAUGAAUGCGUGAACCCCUCCUCACGGAAUUAACAGGACACACCAGGAUCCCAUGAUUUGCCACCGAAGGAGUAUGGUGUUCGCCGCUUCUGCCUCUCCUCCAGGAGGGCGAAGCGGAUAAGCUCCAGUAUGCCAGGCGAGAGGGGGGGAGAGAAGGAGGAGGCACGAGGGAAAGGGGGAGGGCGAAAGGCGAAGCUCCCCUUGCGUAAGAUCCGCGGCCUCGGUCCGUGACUCGAGGCGGCGGAACCCGCAGACGGCACGAAGAGGCAGCCGUGGCUCCGGGAUGCCAGCAACCACUCGCCGACCCCAUCCCUGGCCUGGGUCGUCCCGGGUCCGGGCCACGGUGCCUGCGGCCUCUUGGCCUCGACGGGACUGCGGCCCCGAACAGGGACAGGGAUGGCGUGGCUGCCUCCUCACGGGGCCCAAGAAUAUACACCACCACCACCUCCGUCACCCCCUCCCUCUCCUGAGAAAGAGGGGAGGAAGAGGAAGGAAGAAAGGGGGGAGGAAUGGCGGUCUUGGUGGUGUAUAUUGUAUAUAUAAUUGAGGCCCGCACUUCUGCAACAUGCAACACUACUAAAAGUUGGAGGCCAAGUGAACAUUCCGCCCACCAGGUGAGGCCGGCGCUGUCCGUAGCAGCCUGCCCGCUGCCCCUGGCCAACGGGCCCCUGGUCUCAGGUCGGGCAUGUCUUCCUACAGACGGAUUUUGAGGGACAUGCCCGACUCAACCCUCGUCUCAGGUCAGUAUUUCGACCAUGAGUGAAACACGUCCUUGCCCUGCCCACUCAUUAUAGCCCUUUCGCGCUGCCCAGAGCAGACGCGCAGAGUAGGACUUCGCAGCACGCUGAUCAGACAGCGGCAGCGCGCGGCACUUGCAAAGCUCAGGGCUCAACACACCCGAAGACGCCAGGCACACUGCUCGUGCCAGUGUGCGACAUUAAAUCGGCUCGCCCCGGCGCAUCUUG